AAAUCAGAUUGCUUCAAACCUUUUAAAUAAAAACACGUCUUUAGUUUUGCACGACAUCAAGUUAUACAUUUAAAGUCUUGUGUUAGAAAGUUGAUAAAAAUUCUGAAAUUACGUAGGUUUAAUCCUUUCCCAGACUACAUUUGAUCUACCACAACUUCUUAAUGAUGAUAAGCAUGACUAGCAUGUCCAAUACGUUCAACAUGAGCAGUAAAUCCAGUUUUAUCAUCAGCAUGAUACUUGACAACACGUUUAGUUCCAUCAGCUUCAUCCAAUGUGUAUUCACCCUUAACAACAUCUCCAUCACGAUGCUCCCAUUGACUCUUGUGGUCAUGUGUGUGUGGAUCAUUAACUCCAUAUUCGAAUUUGUAUGAUGGAUGAUGAUAAUAAUCAUUGCCUUCAUCAUGAUCGUCAUGAUGAUGAACUGCAACUACUGGAACUGCAUGAUGAACGACUGGAACUGCAUGAUGAACAAUUGGUGCAACAUGAUGAUGCUGAACUUUGACUUCGUAAGCAUGUCCGGCAUCAUGAUAAGCACAAGCAGCUCCGAAAAGUACAAAAACUACGAAAAUUGACUUCAUUUCUGAGACUGUUGAGAUUGUUUGCUGUUGAAUGUUUGAAUUGGAACUGAUGCAAGUCUGAACAGCUGUUCAUGUUAUUUAUACUUCGAUUAUGUUGCAAGUUUUAUGCUUUGCGAAUUAUUUCAAUGAACAGUUUUGUGUAUUAAUUAAUUCGACUUUAAGUUCACAUGCAUUUUGACAACCAAAAAUAUUUGCUGGUUUUUGCAGGAUUUUUGAAAGUUUUGUUUGGUUUAUUUUCAUCAAAUAAAGCGUAAUGACUAGAAUUUUAUUAUGAUGUCAUUUCCACGACGGUGGAAAUAUUGUACAAGAGGUUUGGCUACUGAUAACGUUUUGGUUUAAUUUGCUAUUCGAUAAGAAUACAUUUGCAAAUUUUGAUAAUUGUUAUAGGCAACGAAAGGAUAAGGAAUCAACAAUCACAUCGGCAAGUGUCGCUAUAUAACUUUUGCGAAGAUUAUUAAUUUAUAACAUUUGUGUAACUUCUCGAGUGUCAUUUUCAACUCAUUUAUUAAAAAGCAUUUUCUUCGGCCAAUUAUCAGAUUUUUUUCGGCUUUCGGAUAAACAACACGUCUUCUUUCAUAGUUGAACAUAGUUAUACAUUUUCGGGAAAUUAAGUGAUUGCAAUUAAAUAAAAUAAUUUAAAAGAUUAUUUUUAGAUUCUUUACAAAUCAUGGCAACUUCAAAUUUUGUUGAAAUAUCCGACGGAAUCUUUGAACUCAACCAAGAUGUCAUUUCAACAUCAGAUAUCCAGAAGAUCCCAAUCAACUUAUCUGAGCUUCGAAUCAAUUGUAAAACUUUUCAAUUCAAGUCAAAUCUACAAACUAAAUUUCGUGGCAAAAGUCUUACAAUCAACACAAAUAAUGCAGAAAUCCAGCAGUCAUGUACAGUCGACUUGUCAGGAAAUCCAAAGAAUCCUUACACAACUGACGCUGGAAGUGACAUGCAAGGAAAUGGACGAAAUGGAGAAAAUGGACGUCCUGGUGAAAAUGCAGGCAACUUCACGUUAAAAUGCAAAAAAAUCACAGCCUUAAAAGGCGCAACUUUAACAAUAAUUUCGAACGGAGCUAAUGGAAUGAAUGGACAGAAUGGUGGCAAUGGAGAUGACGGAACCAACGGCAUUGAUGCAACAGAUCGCAGUUUCAUCAUUAGAAGAUGUGAUUUUAUGCUUAACAAUCCAGUAUAUGCGGAGAGUCGCGAAAUGUAUAGAUUAUUCGGACUUAAUUCUUGGCAAGACAACACAUCGCAGUCAGUAAUAACAACAGAAGAUGGACUGACUGCAUUUAUUUAUGUCCAAACUAGUAAUAAUGAAGAUUGGGGUUUGAUGUUGGUGAAAGGAAGUGCAGGUUUGCCUGGAAAUCAAGGAGGUCAAGGAGGAAUUGGUGGUGAGGGUGGACUUCCUGGAAAUAUUUCAAUUCAAUGCGAUCAAGAUGAUUACGAAGGUAUUAUUAGAAAGAUUAGUGAACCUGGCAGAGACGGUUCCAAUGGAGCUGAUGGAUCUAAUGGCACAAAUGGUAAGGAUGGGCGUGAUUUAUGGAGGUAUGACCUAAGAAGCUGGAUCCAACCAGAAACAUUUGGUGAAGAUAAACGAACAAAAUUUAAAUUGGUAUGGGGUGCAGGAGAUUAUUCAGUUUGUGACAGUAUAAAGAAUGACUAUGUUCGGGUUGAAGAAGUUCAAGAUGCAGAAGAGCCAUUAGAAGCUGAAUUGGAGCCUGACACUGAAGAAGCUUUGAUAAUUCCAAACGAAAUUGAGAAUGCCGAGAUUGAAGAUGCCGAGAUUGAAGGUGCCGAGAUUGAAGGUGCCGAUGUUGAAGGUGCCGAGAUUGAUGAUGCCAAGAUUGAAGAUGAACUAAUUGUAGAAACCCAAAGACCAACAUUAAUCCGCAGCUAUAUAACUGAACCAGCAAUCAAAGUAUAUUUACAAAUUAUCUCUUGGACAACAGCUUUUAUAAGUUUCUUUAACUGGAGUAACUAUACUUCAACUGACAAUAAGAAAGAUGAUUGAAAUGUAAGGCAAUGUAGUUAAAGAUGUCCCGCUCGGAAAGGCUUUAAUUUGUUGUGUGAUUUUUUUUUUUUGAAAAGCUACAUUAUAAAAAUUUAUUGAUUCACUGUAUAAGAAAAUUUUCCUCCUCUAAAGUGAGUGAAAGCUAAAUCCCAGAGAUCAAAGAAAUAAAGAUUCAAAAUUUUAAAUUUUUUGCAAUUUUAUUUUAAGGCUUCAACCAUUUCAUUGCCUCUUUGGUAGACUUAAUAAUGAUGUCCAUAGCUAUGUUCAUGACUAGCAUGUCCAAUACGUUCAACAUGAGCAGUAAAUCCAGUCUUAUCAUCAGCAUGAUACUUCACAACACGUUUAGUUCCAUCAGCUUCAUCCAAUGUGUAUUCACCCUUAACAACAUCUCCAUCACGAUGCUCCCAUUGACUCUUGUGGUCAUGUGUGUGUGGAUCAUUAACUCCAUAUUCGAAUUUGUAUGAUGGAUGAUGAUAAUAAUCCUUGCUGUCAUGAUGUUCAUCUACAUGAUGAUGAUAUCCAGUUGGAAUGUUGUGAUCAUCACGUGAGACAUAACUUGAGCCAUGUCCAUAAGCUGUUGCGGCAGCAAUGAGGAGGGAAAAUGCUAAAAUUGACUUCAUUUUUUUGGAAUUGAUUGUUUGCUGUUGAAUGUUUGAAUUGGAACUGAUGAUGAAUUGAACAGUUGAUCGUGGUUUUAUAGUGAUUUGGAUGUUGCAAUGGCUGUGAAGCUUGCAUAGUUUUUUCGUGUAAGUUUUCGAUUGAUUUAAUUAGUUUUGAGUAUGAAUUAUGACAUUCAAUAAUUUUUAUGAUUUUUGUUAGAAACUAAAGCUGGGCAUGUGUUGGGAUCGCGCGGCAAUGGGCCCACGUGCGCCCAAGCCAAGGAAGUAAAAUAUGACCAAAUGAAAAAUGCAAUAAAAUAUCAGAUUUUAAGGCCACAUUUAAGCACCAAAACUGGUUUAAGUAGAAUUCCAUCCAAAAUAUCCAGCAGAGCUCAUCCCUGACCUACCCAACUUUCACCUUCAAUAACAAGAUUUAAAGUUCAAUAAUCCCCAAAAAACGAGUUUCUACAUUUCGAUUAGAACAAAUUUUUUGUGCAUAUUUAAGAUGCAGAUGCAGUCAGUUGCCACAAUGAGAGCAGUUAAGGCGUUAAUAAAAAAAUUAAAGAAUUUAUCUGUGAAAUAUUUUUUAUUUUCAAUUCCAACUUUUGGGAUAUUUUUGUUAAUUUUCAUAAAUGUUUUGAUAAAUUUUGCAAAUUUUAAAAUUUUCUCAAAUUCGGUGUCAAAAUGUCGCGAUUGGAAUAAUUAUGAGCAGAUGUAUAAGGAGAUGGUCAGGAUGGGCGUCGGUGAAAAUGGAACUGAAGUCAUUUUGACAGAUAAAAAUGAAAUUGAGAUGAAUAUUAAGGCAUUCAAUCAAACUGGAUAUUCUGUUGUCAUUUCUGAUAAAAUCAGCGUCAAUCGGUCAAUUAAAGACACAAGACAUCCAAAUUGUCAGAAGUAUUUAUACCCAAGUGAACUUCCAAAUGUCUCAAUUAUCAUAAUCUUCUACAAUGAAGUCUUUAGCGUCCUUAAAAGAACAUUACACUCAAUUGUCAAUCGAACUCCACCGGAACUGCUGCAUGAAAUCAUUUUAGUCAAUGACAUGAGCUCAAAUGUGGAACUUUAUGACCCAUUAAAGGAUUACAUUGCUGAGAACUUCCCAACAACUACAAUUAGAAUUAAGAAUCUUAAGGAAAGGAAGGGAUUGAUUGUGACGAGGCUGGAAGGUGCUGAGAUUGCGACUGGAGAGGUUCUUGUGUUUUUUGAUUCCCAUACAGAAGUCAAUGUCAACUGGCUGCCUCCACUUUUGACACCAAUCAAAGCUAACAGGAGGCUGGCCACAAAUCCAACGAUUGAUUACUUCUCAGCAACAACAUUUAAGGUUGAUGGAGCACCGUACUACAGUGAUCGUGGAGGUUUUGACUGGAACUUAGUAUGGCAUUUGUUUGAACGAAAGGUACCGGAUGGAUAUAACAAGCUAAAGCCAUAUCCGAAUCCAAUUAUGCUUGGCUGUGGUUUUGCAAUUGACAGGAAAUUCUUCAUGGAGGAACUUGAUGGAUAUGACAGGGAUUUUAGGAUAUGGAAUGCUGAAAACUAUGAACUAAGCCUCAAACUAUGGCUGUGUGCUGACGGUCUCUAUGAAGUUCCAUGCAGCCGCAUCACACACACAUUCCGAACAUUCAAUCCAUCCAGAUCCAGUGUCCCAUACGACUACUUAGGCAGGAACUUUAAACGACUUGUUGAGGUCUGGUUUGAUGACUUUAAAGAUACAUUUUAUGACAGGAACCGAGAGAGGUACGAUAAAAUUGAUCCUGGUGAUCUCAGCCAUCCGAAAGCUGUUCGCGAGAGGCUGAAUUGCAAAAAUUUCAAAUAUUUCCUAGACAAUGUCAUACCUGAAAUGACUCUAAAGUAUCCAGCAAAUAAGACAGUUCCAGAUUUUGCGUCUGGACAGAUCAAGUCACUACAGGAUGAGAAAUACUGCAUGUACUACGUAAAAGGUCAAAAUAAUGACUCAGCGUUUUUAAAGGAAUGUCACAAAGGCGAUAAACUUCCAGACUCUCAAUUUUACAGGCUUAAUUUCUACAAAAAUAUUGUGUCUGGAUAUACUGAGCAAUGCCUUGAUGCUCAUAAUGUCCACUUCCGGAAUUGUCAUUAUAGUAAUUAUGGAAAUCAAUUCUGGAAGCUCAAUCAAACUACAAACAUGAUUAAUUCUGGAUCUGAUGGCAAUAACAACUGCUUGACUGCUGAUUUUAAGGAUCACAAGUUCUUGAUGAAAGCCUGCAAUGUCAGUGACAUGAGUCAGAAGUGGAAGUUUACUUAUGAAAAUUCAACAGCUUUAAAUGACUGGAAGAACAUUUAUGGAUAUGAAAAGGUGUUUUUUGGAGACAAGGGGAUGCCAAAGGAUGUAAUGCAGCCUUUGAUAUUUGAUGAAGAAUGUCCAAUGGAUUAAAAUGUCAAAUAAUCUCAAAAAUUCAAUAAAAAAACUCUAAUUUUCGAA